GGCCGAUUCAGAAUGACGGGUCGCGUCUGCUGUGCUAGCUAGCUUGAAUUUGCUUUAUUUCUCUAAUUACAUUCCAGCAGCUAGUAAAUACAUUGUGUAGGAAUAUUACGUGACACACGAUGUCCAUUUGAUGUGUUUGUGAAGGAAACGAAGCACUGUAUAUUCUUUUUUCAUUCGCAGCUUUUAUCGUUGGAAAUCAAAUCAAGUGCAGACAUGUCCUCAGUCAUCGUAGCAAAACGAGAGGGACCACAGUUCAUCAGCGAGGUCGCUGUGAGGGGCAACGCCGCCAUGCUGGACUACUGUCGGACGUCUGUGUCGGCUCUGUCCGGGGCAACAGCGGGCAUCCUUGGGCUCACAGGACUGUACGGAUUUAUAUUCUAUUUCCUCGCCUCGUUUCUCCUCUCCCUUCUUCUAAUCCUCAAGGCCAGUCGCAGGUGGAACAAGUGUUUCAAGUCUCGGAGGAUGCUCUUCACAGGAGGGCUCGUUGGAGGUCUUUUUACCUACGUCCUGUUCUGGACCUUCCUCUACGGAAUGGUGCAUGUGUACUAAUAUAGUUGACCAGAAUGAUUUUGGUUUUAACCCUAAUGUCAGAGAAAUUAAUAUUGUUUAACUGCCCACACACUGUUUGUAGAUAUAGGUGAUUGAUGAAAGAUGUUAGAUUAACUGUUUAUACAGCUAUGUGAAGUACACUAUAUAUGCAAAAGUAUGUGGACACCCCUUCAAAUUAGUGGAUUUGGCAAUUUCAGCCACACCCGUUGCUGACAGAUGUAUACAACUGAGCACAC